UAAUAAAAAACAAAACAAAAUUUUGUUUUCAUCUGCAUUGUUUGUACCGUGAUAAAAUUGAUGAAUUAUUUAAAUUAAAUGAAAAUUAAAAAUUUUUAUUCCUUUGACUCAAUUCAUCAGUUUGAUUAAAUCAUUCAUGCAACGCGCGAGCUAUAUUCAAAUACGUGGACCGAAAUCAAGUAAUGUGAUCGUAUUUAAUUUUCGUGAGUGACGAACACGCUAAAUCUGUGUUUCAAUAGCGUAAAUUCAAAGUGAAAACAUUCGAUUUUCCUUCCAUAUUGUACAAUGGCUUGUUUAAUCGAAAACGAUCAUCAUUUCACUGUCAGUAUUCCAUCGUAUGAAGACAAAGAUGGAGUAACUCACUACCAGAUUAAUGUCGUCGUGGGAACCGUAUCAUGGGUAGUUUUUCAUCGUUACAAGGAUUUUGUCGAAUUGCACGAAACACUAGUUACUGAUCAUUGUCUUUCCAAGGAAAUGCUCCCACGAAAAAAAUAUAUCGGUAAUCGAGAUCCGCAGUUCAUCGAGAAACGUAAAAGCUGUUUGGAAAAUUAUUUGCAAACUGUCAUAGCAUUUCUACAAAAAGCGAUGCCGUUCGUUUUAUUAAAAUUUUUAGAUUUUGAUAAAUACGACAUUUCGUGUAUAUUGCAAAAUAUGGCUUUCAAUCUGAAACGAGAAAAUACUUUUGUGGAAAGCGUGGAAGGGCCGAUAGAGUAUACAUUCAGUCCGCUUCAGUUGCACGCAAUCAGCGAACGAUUACAGAAAUGCUGUUUUCCCAACGAGUCGUACAAUAAUGACUUCGAUUUUAGUCACAUUUUGGAGUUUUGCUACAAUUCGAAGACUGUAAUCAUUCGUGGGAAUCGUUCGAACAUCGGAAGUAGUAAUUUAAUCUGUAAUAAUCUGACUUUCGAGUUGACAUUUUUCAAAACAGCGGUCAAUUUAUACUUCUACAAUGUUCAAUUAUCGAAUAUUUACGAUUUGGGAUCGUUGAGACAAAGUGUAACUUCAUUUGUUGUCUAUAACAGUAAUAUGGAGCAGUUUUCCGAUGCGCUAUUGUGUGAUAAAGUUCAUAAGACUCACGAAGAAUCUGAAGAACACGUUUGGAAUAAGCUUAUGAAUAUUGAUUUCAGUUGGAACGAAUUCAAACGAAUUGAUAAAAGUAUAUCCCUAUCGCCAAAUCUACGUAGUCUCACAAUGGAUGGCAAUCAGAUGAAAACCAUCGAUAAUACCCAUUUGAUUCCUAAUCUAACUCAUUUAUCAAUUUGCGCGAAUGAUAUUACCAUCAAAGAGUGUUUAGCUUCGAAAUUGGCCUGUGUUUCGCAUUUAAAUUUGUCUCAAAAUAAAAUCGAUACGUUGCUUCCGUUUGCAAAAUUGGUCUCGUUGCAAGAAUUGAAUUUGGCUUCGAAUAAAAUAUGCGACUCGAAAGAGAUUAAAUAUAUUAGCGAUUUACCAAAGUUGAACUAUUUAGUAUUAACUGGUAAUCCGGUUUCGACUAUUAUUGACUAUAGAAUUAAAGUUUUUGAAUAUUUCAACGUUAGAGCCAGUUACCUUUGUUUAGAUAAUGAAAGACCUUCUCAAAAAGAGCUCGAUACCGCAGCAGUUUUAAGAGCUUUAACAGUUGUGAGAGAAGGUAAAACUCCAAUUCUAUCACAAACUACUGCAUAAAUGCUUACGUUUUUACCAGAAACCGAAUUAUUGUACAAAAAAUAAAUAAAACUUUGGACCAAGUAAUUCCAUGCAUUAUUGUUUGUUGUUGGUAUUGUUAUUCAAAAAUUUAUUCGCAUCUUUAUUGUAAACUGUUUUACCAUAAUUUUCGUAAAUGUGUAAUAUUUUUAAAGAUUAUUUUUUGUUUAUUUUCUUCAUAGAAUAAAGCCUACAAUUAUUGUGAUUUUA